UUACGGUGGAAGAUGACUGACUACGCAUGCGUAGUACAAGUUCGGCCAUCUUUGUCCAAGUGUGUUGUAGAGCUGCUCCGCCUCCCUACUGUAUUUUGCUGCUGUAAGGUGUAAAAUCACCAACUGAGUGGUCUGGAGUAAAAGAUAACAUGUCAGAAACUGCACUGAAGUUUGGGCCCGAGUGGCUUCGUGUUCUUUCUCACGGUGGUAGUGUGAACUCUCCUCCCCCCAGUCCAGGUUUAAAAUUCAAGUUGGCAGAACAUCGAUACGGUCGUGAAGAAAUGCUUGCUCUUUUCAAUAAACAUCAGAGUCCGCCAGAUGGAAUACAGACAUUGGGCUCGUUGUACGUGGAAGAACCGCAAGAGCCGUUGGCCUUCAUACCAAUGAAUGAGGAAGAGCAGCGCAUGUGGCAAAGGGGUGUAAACAGUGAUGCAGUGCUUCGUCAGAGCGGGCGUGCCCCCGUCAAUGGGGUGGGUCGCGGGCGUGGGGGAAGUGUAGAUCGUGGACGGGGUAGGGGCCGGGGGGCAGGUUCGUACUACACUCGAGGUCUAAGUUAUGAUGAAGAACUUGAACCGCGGGGCCCUAGAGAGGGUGGACCACCAGGCAUGAGUCUUAGGAGUAAACCAUUUGAAAGAAGUCAGAGUGUGCAUGAGCAGCGAGCUUGGAGUGAACGUGGUUCAGGAGGUAGCGGUGGGCCUGGUGGUCCUGAAGAUCGUAAUGGAGCCGUUUCACCGCGAAAGGAGCAAGGAAGAGCAUCCACUGAAAACUGGAGGUCCCGGGGUGGGGAAAACGAAGACAAUGAAAGGUGGCGAGGGGCAGGAGCCAACCGUAAUGAAAAAUGGGGGACACGUGGUUGGCGUGAACGGGAAAAUGGCCCUGACAGCGAGUGGGAAGAGGUGUCGGGGCGGGGAGCUGGCCGGGGGGUCCCUGUCUCGUCCCGAACUUCCCGCCCACCCUGGGACGAAAAAGAUGGCCGCCUUCGGAAGUCUUGGGAUGAAGAUAAUUUGCCAGAGUGGGCCACAGAAAAUGCUGACGAAAAAGGUGGUAGUUUUGAUGCAUCAGGAGCGUUUCAUGGCCCUGGUUGGUCAGAUGAGGAAGAUCCAACAGCUGAAGGUCGAGGUGUUGGUGGUGGUGGCGGAAGAGUCAGGCAGAAGGUUAGUCCUGACAAGACUGCCGCCAGGACCGAAGCUCCUGUGGCUAAUAAACACGAGUCAAGUGCCAGAGAGAGUGAAGUUGAAUCCCAGGAAGAGAUCAAGAAUGGUUUAGACGAAAUAAGGCAUAACACCCCUGUCAAUGAUUUAGACAAGAACCAUGACAGUCACAAGCCCCCAAACAUUGCUGAAUCACAGGUAUGCUCAUUUGAUGUUGCACAGCAACAACAGCAGCAACAGGCGCAGCUGCAGCCAUCCCAUUUACCAACCCCUCUACCAAACGGUAUCGUCAGUGAUGAAGAAGAACCACACGAAGUACAGAUGCCACCAGAGUUCCAGGUCGUUCCGAGUCCCGUCCAACCCCCCCAGCCAAACAUUCAGGUGGAACCUGGGUCCUUUCCACCUAGAGAGUACCAAGCUGAAGAAGAGAAGUUGGAACACAUGCGCAGUGUUGCAGACGAUUUGGUUGCCAAGUUGGUGGAAGAGGAUGACCUUAGACCACAGACGGGUUCUCCCAAUCAGGUUGUAGUGACCCCUGUGUCUAUGGGUCCCAUUCCUGAUCCUACGCCGCAAGGAAACCAUACGUCUCAUAUCCCUGGGGAUGAUAAGUGGUACUACAUGGACCCUCAGGGUGAAGUGCAAGGGCCUUUUACGUCAGGCGAUAUGUCAGAGUGGUAUCGAGCUGGGUAUUUCACGCCAUCCUUAUUAUUAAAGAGAGAUUGUGAUGAUCAGUUUGCUCAGCUUGGGGAACUAACUAGGAUAUUUGGAAGGGUGCCUUUUGUACCAGGACCACCAGUGUCACCGUUAAAGGUGACAGAGAUGCUGAAUGCACAAAAACAAGCUGAGCGUGAACGUUUAGAAAUGUUGCAAAACUACAUGAUCCAGAAACAAGUUUAUCAGCAUCAAAUGGCUGUCAGUCGGCAGCAGGUGUUACAAAAGCUGCAGAGCAUGGACGAGUGGAAUGGCCUUAAUCCUUUGCAGCAACAACAGCUUUUCAUGCAACACAUGAUGAGUAUUAUUCCUCAUCCCCCUGUUGUGCCCAGUGUGCCUCUGUCAACCACUCCUCCAGCUGUCAUUCCUUCCACAACCCCGGUAUCUGCACCAACUCCAGACCCUAGAGUUGUACCUGGGCCCGAUAUGAGAGUCAUGCCGGGACCUGUUCCUCCUUCUUCUAAGCCGCAGGACCCCAUACAAGCCCUUGUUGCACAAAUGCAAACGUCAUCAGCAGCAAGUAGUACGCCCCUAGUGAAUUCGUCAGAAGGAGCGUUGUCGCAGUUGGCGGCAACGUCUAUGGCUGCUGAAAAUCCUUUGCAGAAGUUGAUACUUCAGCUACAGCGUGGUCAGCAGCCAGUCAUGGGAUCUGUAGGCAAUCAGUCUGGUGCUUUAGGUGGAGGAGUUUCGGUGUCGGGGCCACCAGCUUCUGCUGCUCCAGCUGGAGGUCCCCUUGAUAGUUCUCCACAGGAUCAACAAUUUGAUGCCAUCCAGUCUCUUAUGCAACAGCUCAAUAAAAUGCAGUCUGCAACACCAGAUCCCUUGCAGGAAGAGCACCAGAGACGCCAGGAGGAGGACCAAAAGAGAUUGGAAGAACGGAGAAGACUGGAGGAGCAGAAAAGGGCGGAGGAGGAAAGAAUAAGAUUGGAAGAGUUAAGAAUCAAAGAGGAGCUGAAGCGUCAGGAAGAACAGAGACGAAAUUUAGAGGCACUUAGACGGCAACAUGAGGAAGAAACCCAAAGAAUAGAGGAGGAAAAAAGAAAGAUGCGAGAGGAGCAGGCUAGAAGAGUGGAAGAAAUGCGCAGAUUAGAAGAGGAGAAACUGAAGAAGGAAGAGGAGCAGAAAAGAAAGUUGUUGGACCAGCAGAGAGUUGAAGCAAAAAGGAGACAAGAAGAAUUAAGGCGCCAACAACAACAGCAGAAACAUGAAGAGGCAAAGAGAAAAGAAGAAGCCAGAAGACAAGAGGAGGCACGUCGUCAAGAAGAGGAAAGGAAGAGGAAAGAGGAGGAAGAGAGGAGAAGACGAGAAGAGGAAGAAGAAGAAGCUCGACAUCAAGCGCAAAUAAAGGAGGAAAUGAGGAGGAUAGCACUAGAAGAAGAGAGGAGACAUAUGCAACAGAUUGAGGAAGAGGAGAGACAGCGGCAAGCCAAAGAGGAGGAGCGGCGUCAGCACCUUUUGCAAGAGCACAUAAAAAAUAUGCUACCUGCUUGGAACACACCACCCCCGGUGCAGGCACCGGAGGAGACACCAGCACCUUCCUUAGUAGAUAUUCAGCGGGCACAGGAAGAGAAAGAGAGAAAGGAAAGGGAAGUUGAACAGCAGUUGCAGCAGCAGAGACAAAAAGAGGCUCAGAGACAGGCUGCAGAAGAAGCACGACAGAAAAGUUCAGGCCUCAAGUGGGCAGCGAUGGCUCAAGCCAAUCCUGCGACUGUUCAACCUGUGAAAUCGCUUUUAGAAAUUCAGGCAGAGGAAGAAAAAGAGCUUAAAAAGCGGCAGGAGAAGGAAGCUGCAGAACGUGCUGCUGCUGUAAGUCACAUGAGUAUUGGAGCAGCAGGGGUUUGGGGUUCAGCAAUCUCCAAUCUCUCUUGGGCCAGCCGUGCUUCCAGUGGUAGAACGUCUUCCUCAUCCACAUCAACCAGUCAGUCAACUAGUCAACAAUGGGGUGGAUCAAGCAAUAGCAGUUCUGGAGGUAUAUGGAAUAAUAACAGCCAGCCAGCAACGACCAUACCAGCUCAUUCUGUUUGGAACAAUGAUCAUUCUACCAUAUGGAAUCAGGCAGAAAACUCUACUUCGGCAGGAGGCUUCUGGGAUAAUCCUGAACCUGCUAAAAGCAACAAGUCAGCAGCACCGGCAUCAGGACGGACUCCAACCAAACCCACCAAUGCUGGUAACAAGGGAGGUUCGGGAAACCAGAACAACAACCGUGGCAACAAGAAGAAAGGAAAAGACGAGAGCGAUGCCGUCAAGAAACUCUUCGCCGAUAAUAUGUCUCCUGCCGACGAUUUUACUCGCUGGUGUAAAGGAGCCCUCAAUACUCUAAAAGUUCAUGCUUCAAUAGACAUUCCAACCUUUGUGACGUUCCUAGCGGAAGUGGAAUCCCCUUACGAGGUGCACGAUUACAUUCGUUCUUAUUUGGGAGAUAGCAAGGAGGUCAAAGAAUUCGCAAAACAGUACUUGGAAAGACGUAGUAAGGCACGCAAUGCCCAGAAAGAGCGUACCGUAGAGGACGAUAUUUUGGCUCCGGCACCUGCCGUCAAUCCUACGUGUACAGAGUUCCAGGAAGUUAAGCAAACACGUAACAAGAAAGCAAACAAGAAGAAGAUGCAGAAAGUUGACAACAGUAUCCUAGGGUUUAGCGUCUCAUCUAAUGAGCGCAUAAACAUAGGAGAGCGUGAUUAUGCCGAGUGAAAUUCCCUCACUGUAACCUCAAAACAAUAAAGCAUAAGAAAAAGUCCAUAUUAUAAUGGGAAGUAUACUUCCUGCGCCACACCAUUAAGUGAAUCGUGGCGAAUCACUGACUUAAAAAAAAGUUUAUAAUAAGACUGUGUGCUUAACCUUGUGAGGCAGUUGUGACUCCUUGUGAUGUUUUGGGCCCAGUCUUAGGUGGAGAAAUGUUGGUAACAUGGUUGUAUAAGAAACUCAGUUUUCCAAAAAGUAAUGCUAAGAUGUUUUCAUUAUCAACAUUUCCAACUGUGCUUUCCUGGAAGGAACGGCAAGAUUCGACAGUAUUUUCUCUGCAUAUACCACAGCCAAGGAAGCCAUUGAACAGGUGAAAAGUGUUCAACUCGAAGUAUUCGUUUGUUAAAAAUCAGCCGAUAGAAAAAUUAUACAGUAUUUCAUUAAAGUUUAUAUACAUAUAAAUAUAUAAAUAUAUUUUUAUCAUAUAUUUGACUCAGGUGAAUUGUUGUAUUGGAAUUUUGAAUGAAUUCCAGUUUAAAUUGGAUUUAUCUUUGUUUACAACAUAGAAAAAUAUGCAUAAGGAGUUAAUGGUAUAUGAUUUUUAAGGAUAGCAUGCUACUGGGGGACAAACAUAAGUGCCUGGUUAAACCCAUUUCACGUUUAUGCAAUGGAAGAAUGUUGUGUAAAUAUUUUUGAAUCUAACUAUGUUGGGUAAAAGAGAGUGUGAUAUGGCCACUAAUUAGAUUAGCAUAGAAUACUGAUGAUGGUAGUUUAGAGUAGUAGUCAGUUUUUUAUAUAUUUUUUUUUUAGAACCUCUACAUUUGAUCAGCAGAAAUUAGAAUAGGUAUAAGUAGCAGUAGUCUGAUGUCUCAACCUCUUGGCACAGUAAAAAAUGUCAGAUAACUAGAUGGUGAGUGACCCUUUUAAUAAAUGUGGAAGACAUAUUCUGGUCUUGAAAGCGAGAUGUAAUCUUCUCUAAGUCAUGCAAUACUCCUGAAAGUGAUUGAUCUCACUUCAGAAUAAUUUCUCUUUCUCAGUACGUACUACCAUGUUGAGGAUCAGUUGAAGUAUUAGAGCUUAUGACAGCUCCAGACGAGGAGGCUAUACAUUCAGUAUUACAAGUUUUUUCUUGUCGUAAUCCCAAAGAGUAAUUAAACCUACAUGAAUAAUUCAAUAAGUAUAAGUGAAGUUAUUUGUACAUUGUAACCUGGGGUAAAUUUUAACAAGGGUUUAGGUUUUAUUGGGCUUUAGCAAAAUUUGUGGUCAGGUUGGAGACACACACACACACACACACACACACACACACACACACACACACACACACACACACACACACACACACACUCUCUCUCUCUCUCUCUCUCUCUCUCUCUCUCUCUCUCUCUCUCUCUCUCUCUCUCUCUCUCUCUCUCUCUCUCUCUCUCUCUCUCUCUAAAUGAAGAUAUAUCUGUUCAUGUAACAUUUGUCUUGAAAUCAACCAUCUAUUCGAAAGAUUUUUUUCCUCCAUUUUAUAAUAUUUUGUCAGCAAGGGUUCCCUUGUUUACAGAUACUGUAGAAUUUUGGUAUCUGUUGAGUAUAUGUAAAGUUACUUUACUUUGUGGUCAAUCACUACUUAGGGUGCUAAGGACAUUUUUUUUUUAGCAUCACUUUUUACUUAUUCAUGUAGGUUUGCAGUCAUAUUGGUUGAGAAGGAAAAUCCAUUUUGAGAAAUGAAACUCAUGGAAAUCUCAUAACAUUUCUGGUCUUUGCCAUUUUUACACAGAUAAGGUUAAGGGAGAGUACUAGGUCAGUGUUUGAUCAAAUACCUUCUUGUUGUUUUACAGUGUUUCACAAAUUGUAUUAAGAGUAAAAAGGGGUAGAUUUUAUCAAUUUGUGAAUAACUUCUUGUUAAGGGUUAGUUCCUAAGCUUAUUGUAAUUCCUCAGAUUCAUAUUUGUGAGCACGAUUGAUAUUAGAGGAGUUGCAAUAGGAUAUUUACUUAUGACAAUUUCUCGUACUUUUUCUCAUUCUCUCUCUUGCUUAUCAUAUAAAGGAAUGUAUGAGGUACAAUGCUAAGGGUUGCUUAGAAGUGAAUUGUCCCCUAGUUAGAUGCGUCUCUGUAAUUACUCAUUUCAUUAAGGAAUAAGAUUAUUGAAGGCUUCAGGUUUCAGCCAUUAGUUCAUGGUGGUGGCAUAAGAUGAACUCGAUCCUGUAAAGUAUGGUGAAUUUCAGUGAUGCUGUACCUUUCUGAAAUUUUUAUUUCUUUUGAGAUUAGAUUAUCUGUGAUAUAAGACCAUUUUGCAAACCACAAUCAAACAGGGAAAUGAUUGUCAAAGUUCUGUUGGCCACUUUUCAGAAUAGUUUUAAUUGCUUUGAAAGGUUUCAUCAUUGAGCAGUGUUUAUUUUUUAUUUUUUACUCCAAUUUCACACGUAACCCCGUGGUGGAUCUUGGCCUAUUAAUAAGGAUUAGGCAACAUCCUGAAACGAUCCAGGUAGUGGGAUGUUUCUCAAAUAUUUGCUGAAAUAUGCAAUUUCAUCCAUGACAGGUUUUUUGUCAUCUGGCAGGUGUAUGUUUAGGUAUAAAAGUAUUUUUGUAAAACAUUUAUAACAUACAGCGGAGGGUUUUUGAUUGAUCUAACAGUGUAUGUAUGUUUUCAUGUUACAUGAGAGUUUAAGGUUACAGGUUUUAUAAAAGGAUAACUGCAUUUUUUCUUUUCUAGUCACAAGAUCUUUGUACUUUACUUUGUCCAGUGGUGAUGGUCUGAUUAUGAAAUAAAUGUCUGGAUGAUAAGUUUUUUUGAGGUGAAAUAUUACAGUAAAAUUUACAUCAAAGCAUUCACAUUCUUUUUUUUUCUGAAAACUUGUCUGUCAAAAUAGUAAGGUUAAACUCUGCCAGUAAUAAAAAAUUCCCUGUCAGUAACAAAAAGUAGUUCAAAAUGAAAUUCUUUUUACUAAAGAUUUGCCUUACAAGACUAGAGUACUUAUUGAUUUCCUACUUGUCUGAGACUAUCUGUAUCAUUGUAAUCUUUUUUCGUUAGGUGUCAUGAUUACAGUACUAUUUGUAUGCCCUAUAUCUGCUUAUCAUCAAUCAGUCUGUAUAAUAUCUCAUUUCUCACACACAUUGCGUAUAGUUUAUUUCAUAGGUAAGUAGUGUAAUUGGAUGUUCAUUUUUUUAAGCAGUUUAUAUUUGGCCAAUGAACUUGAAGGGUUUUCAUUUUAUAAUUGAUUGUAGGAGAUUGUUCAUUUUUUUUUACUUAUUAAUUUCUCAGAAGAACAGAUCCCUCAACUAGUCUAUAGAGAACUUGCCUGGUUUAAUUGCUUUUUAUAGCUAACAUGCUGCUCUUUUCUGUUUAACAUCUUGACUUGAAUUUUUAACAUCAUUAGCACUGGAAAGUUGUAUUUUUAAACCAGUUUGGAUUUUGUCACGAUGUCAAACGAGGUGGUUUUUCAAAAUUGGAAUGAUAUGCAGUAUUCAAACACGGCUUCCAAGCCUUUCCAAAGAUAAGGUUAGUGAAUUGUUUUAGUCAUUGGAAACUUAUUAUUUUAUAUUCGUGCAUUCAUAACUAGUACUUAGAUUUUCUGUGGUGUGCUGUAUCUGAACAAUCCUUGAACAUUUAUUGGCUCACCAAGUCUUACUUUGUAAUUAGGGACCUUUCAGUAUACAGAACAUUUAACUACCCCACAGUGUUUUGGAGCAUAUAUAGAGUUGUAAAGGGAGCUUCUGGAAAGCAGAAUUCACUGAAAUUAGGUGGGAAAUAGUUGGCUUUCAGCUGCAGAGUGGUAUGCUACAAACUAAGUGUAGAAAUAUUCAUGUGGGAUAAGCCUAUGAGGCCAUUAACAUUUAAAGCAAUUUUUCUCAGAAUAGAACAUGCAUUCUGAAUUAUGUAUGCUGUGUAUUAUGCUAUUAAUAAUAAUGAUGUGAUAAUGAAGUUGUGGUAUAUUUCAGAAGAGAUAGUUCAUAUAAAGUCAUUCAACAAAGGGGACUUUUGUACGGUUUACGUUUUUUAUUUGAAUGCCGUCAGGAUCGGGAUGUGGUCAUAUAUAUAUAUAUAUUUUUUUUUACUUUUAUUUAUUUAGUGGUGUGGGGUUUGCUAUUACGUAUUAAUCUCUCAAUCUUCAAGGACUUUCAAUAACCUGGGGCUAACACCUUUUUUUAAGUGCCAUAUUAGGUACAAGUAUGGAAGUGAGUGUAUUGAGUUUAAAUUAAUAAAAAUGGUUUUUGCAUGUGGCCAUGAGUAAACUGGUGCCAAAUUAUUUAUUUAUUUUUUUUUUUAAGAUAAUGAAGUUCUUAGGGAGACCUAGAAGUAUGGUGUUGAAAGGUCACCAAAUUCAGUGUUAGACAGAGGUGGAUGUCACCGUGAGCUUUGGCAUCCUGAAGCGUUGGUGUUAAGUCCUCUCCACCUUUUUCAUUUUGUUAAGUAUGUGAACCUCUGUUGAGUUGUAAGACCCAAAUCAUGGCAGCAUUGGCUUACUAAUUCCUUUAUCCCUCCAUUAGCUUAUUUCUGUUCAUUAAUCAUUUGAUCAUGACUGACAAAGUUUGAUGUAAGCUCCUUCCAGUUACAAUUUUCUUGGGUAUAAGUCUAUUUUGUGGAUGGUUUUCACUACAGAUGUAUUAUUUAUUUGGUUCUUAUGCCUGCUUGCUUCUGGAUGACUUUAACUUCUGUUAUGUUGCCCAUUUGUUAGUAUUUGUUAAAUGGACUUUCCAUUGCACUAAAUUGGCAACAUAAAAAUUUGGAGAAUAAAAGUUGUUUACUAGUCAUUUGCUUGAUGUAAAUUGCAGGUUUUUCAAUGCCUUUAUUUAAUCAUUCUAAAUGCAAAUCAUGUUGAACCCUGAAGACUAAUUGUGAAACUAAAAUAUAGCAGUGAAAGAAAUGAUACAAUACACAGAUUGUAGAGCAAGUUAAAAAAGCUGGAAUUUUUCUGGUGAGCUGGUUGAAAGGUUCUGAACUUUACCCAAUCUAUCUGUUUGAUUAUCGGAUAAAUUUUUAUUUAAUAUUUGUAUCCACAUGUCAAGGUUUCAUUGGUCAUAAUCAGUCAGUUUCUGGGUUCAAGGUCAUAUCCUAGCAUAUGCAAGUUCUGCUUGGAAAACUACUGUAUUUAAGUUCUGUUUGACCAGAUAAAUUGGCCAUCCAUUAAUCCGAUAAGCUUUUGUUCCAUUUAUUAAACAUUGUACAUUGCAGAAGUGUUAAUAUAUUUAUAGCAAUGAACUAUAUGGAUUCAGCUGUGAAGUAACUGAAUUGUCUGGUUAAACUGAUAAUUAAUUUAAACUUUAUUAAUAAAAUAAUGUGAAUCGGUUACUGUUUUCACCAGAAAAAAAUUCUUGCUUGGGGAAGGCUUGUCUACCUCCUUUUCAUGUAGGAAAUUCUGCAAUCAUUUAAUAAUUUGUAGUUUCUCUUAAUUCUCUUGAUGUGAGAAUUAUUCAAGUCUAUUUGUUAUUCAAAUUGAUUAGACUUUCCUUCCGUUAUUUGUAGACUGGAAAAUACUAGAUAAAUAUGAUGAGGGAUGUGGAAUAAUUAUAUUGUCUAUGAACAUUUUUGCUAUUCUGCUUUUUAUAUUAUAAAAAGCCAUAUUCACAUCGGUUAAGAGGAAAUAUUUCUUCAUUAAUGUCUUGUUCUUAUACAUUGAAACUUUGAUAAAAAUUUAAUGGCUGCCGACAUCUAGAAAAAGUGAAUUUUAAAGGCUGCCAACAUCUAAGAGAUCUAUGAUUGAUAGAAUUGUGUACACCUUUGUAAAAUGUUUUUGCUUACCAAUGAUGAAUUGAUGUCACCUUUCUAAUCUUUUGUUUAGGAAAUGACUGCUAGUCUGUGUUUAUCUAUCUAAUAAUAUUGUUCCAAAAAUUCCUAGCAACUUGUAUGCUUUGUGAAGAAAAUGCUGAACUAUAUUUAUUCAUUAAUGGAAAAGUUGUGUACACAGGUUUCUACCAAUCUCUGAAAGUACUGAUAUUCCUUUGAAACUAGAGACAUUUUUUUCUAUUAUUUUUUAGAGCAUUCCAUUAAUGGUAUUAAAAGAUUUCAAGUUUCAGAAAUGUUAAAUGAAAGGAAGCACAGUAUUUCAUACAUUGUUGCCUUAAAAGUUUUGUCAGUGAUGAAUGCUGUAUUGAAAACAUUGAUGCUUAUCACUUCCAGUGAGUGUUGCUCUCUUUUGGUGAUUUUUUUUUUUCCUACAUUCAGUGCAAACAGUAUCAACUGUCCAACUGCAUCUGCCUAUUGUGGAAAUCCUGACUGCUGUGUUAGAAGUGAGUGUGCUACACAGGAUAAGAUUUCUUUCGGGGUAGUCUUGGCUAGAGAAAUGUCGACUGGACUCGUAAGACAAGGACCAAGGAGAGAGUGUUUAUUUAUUUUAUUUUCUUUGAGCAGUGAUCCAUGUCACAUGCUGUCUUCCCUUAUGUUGUGUGGUGCAUGAAGACCGUUGAGAGAAAAGGCCAGAAGGACUGUGCCUACGUUGUUGAAAAUAACCGAUUUGGUGCUCAAAUCCAGAAAUUCUGGAAUCCUUAAUAAAAAAAAAUCCAAUU